UAUUAGUAACAACUUUCAAAUCAUUUACCAAAUUUUUCAACAAAUACAAAUAAAAAAUCAUAUAAAAUUCCAACAAUUGUGUUGUGAGAAAAAUCAUGUCUCUCUUCCUAUAACAUUGUUUUGUCACCUUAAAGAAAGAAAAAAAAAAUGCCUUUCCUUAUUUUUCAAUGGUUUCUUCUAACAUUCAUCACCAUUAUUAAUGCUUCAACUCAUAGAAAGAUCCCAUUAGGUUCAUCUCUCUCAACAAAAGACACUCACAACAACAUGUUUUGGUCAUCAGAUUCAAGUGAAUUUGCCUUUGGUUUUCAUCAAGUUGAAAAAGAUGGUGACUUUCUUUUAGCCAUAUGGUUCAACAACAUACCUGAAAAAACCAUUGUUUGGUCAGCAAAUGGCAACACUCUUGUCCAACAAGGCUCAACACUUGAACUAACCGAAAAUGGUUUGCUUGUUCUCAAAACCCGAAAAGGAAAACAGGUAUGGAUUGUUGGUGUUGGUGAUGGUGAUGGUGUUGCCUAUGCAGCUAUGCUUGACACAGGGAAUUUUGUGCUUGUUGACAAGAAUUCUAACUAUCUAUGGGAGAGUUUUGAUGAGCCAACAGAUACAUUAUUACCAUUACAAACUUUAAAUCAAGGUAAGAAGCUUGUAGCUCGAUACUCGAAUACAAAUUUUUCCAAAGGAAGAUUUCAGCUUAUGCUGCAGCAAAGUGGAAAUCUUAAGCUUUACACAACAACUUUCCCAUUGGAUGAGGCUAAUUCUAUGUAUUGGUCAAGUGAAACGACGUCUAAUGAAUCUCGGGUAGUGUUUAACCAAUCCGGGUUGAUUUAUUUGCAAGGAAAGAAUGGAGAAAUACUAAGUAUUUUAUCAGCAAAACCUUGUUCAACUCAAAGUUUCUAUCAAAGGAUGAUACUUGAGUAUGAUGGUGUUUUUUCACUCUAUGUUUACCCGAAAAAUGAUGGUGAAGAAUCCAUAGGAUGGAGUAAGGCUUGGACUCAUUGUUCAACUCCCAUACCUCCAAAUAUUUGUACUAAACUUAUGGAACCAACGGGAAGUGGAGCUUGCGGUUUCAACAGCUACUGCAGCCUAGAAAAGGAGCAAAGACCGAGUUGUAAGUGCCCGAGUGGUUACUCCUUUAUAGAUCAAAAUGAUGAGAUGAAAGGUUGCCAACAAAACUUUGAGGCUCAAAGUUGUGAUAAAGAUUCUAAGGAUGAAGAAAAUUUCUACUUCAACACCAUGGAAAACACAGACUGGCCUCUGUCUGAUUAUGAGUAUUUUCGGUUGGUGGAUGAGAAUUGGUGCAGGAAGGCUUGUUUAGGAGAUUGUUUUUGUGCUGUGGCUAUUUUUAGAAAUGGUGAGUGUUGGAAGAAGACAACACCUCUUUCUAAUGGAAAAUUGGAUUCAAGUGUUGGUGGGAAAGCUCUUAUUAAAGUAAGAUUAGAUCAACCCCACAAGAGAAAUGAUUCAAUACUAGUUGUUAUUGCAUCACUACUCUUUGGUACACCUUUUUUCCUUAUAAAUAUCCUUGUACUAAUUCCUGCACUAGUGGUUAUUUUUCACUUGUAUAGAAAAGCAAAAGUUUCUAAACAAACCCAAUUCAAGGAAGGUAUGAAUUUACAAAGUUUCACCUAUGAAGAGUUGGAAGAAGCCACAAAUGGAUUCAAUGAAGAGCUAGGAAGAGGCGCUUUCGCCGUUGUAUUCAAAGGGGUUCUUUGUGAUGGUAUUUUUGUUGCAGUGAAAAAGUUGGACAAUGUUGUAAGAGAAGGAGAAGAAGAAUUUAAGGCAGAAGUUAAUGCAAUUAGUAGAACUAAUCAUAAGAAUUUGGUUCAACUAAUUGGGUUCUGCAAUGAAGAAGAAAAUAGAUUACUUGUCUAUGAAUUCAUGAGCAAUGGUUCAUUAGCUAACUUCCUAUUCAAAUCUUCUUCUAAGCCAAGUUGGUAUCAAAGAAAGGAAAUUGCUUUAGGCAUUGCAAGAGGGCUAUUUUAUUUACAUGAAGAGUGCAAAAACCAAAUCAUACAUUGUGAUAUAAAGCCUCAUAAUGUUCUUCUUGAUGAGUUUUUCAAUGCAAGAAUAGCUGAUUUUGGACUAGCCAAGCUACUAAAGAGAGAUCAGACUAGAACAACUACUGCAUUGAGAGGUACCAAAGGGUAUGUUGCUCCCGAAUGGUUUCGAAACACUCCUGUUUCGGUUAAGGUUGAUGUUUAUAGCUAUGGGAUUAUGUUGUUGGAGAUCAUAUGUUGUAGGAGGAAUUUUGAGGCUGAGAUGGAAGAAGAAGAACAAAUGGUGUUGGCUGAUUGGGCUAAUGAUUGUUAUAGAGAUGGUCAAUUGAGUUUGCUGUUGGGAAAUGAUGAUGAGGCUUUGAGUGACAUGAGAAAAGUUGAGAAAUGUGUUAUGGUUGCUAUUUGGUGUAUUCAAGAAGAUCCUUCAUUUAGACCAACUAUGAAAAAAGUUACACAAAUGCUUGAAGGAACUGUUGAUGUUUCAAUCCCACCAGAUCCAUAUUCCUUUAUUAGUUCACUUUAUGUUUAGAUUUUUAGUUAUUUGAAUAAUGUUUUUGUGACCAUAAAUGCUUGAUUAUCUUUGUUGAUUUUGCUCAUGAGCAAUUUAUGCAUGUAAUGGAUUGUGUUUAAUUUACCUA